CGGCGUAUACGCAAUCUGCAAAGAUGGUGCAUGCUUAGGUCAUAUACCUUAUCGUGGAUCAUACCUCAAAGCGGAAAGCCAUCCGUGGGCGGGUCCCUUACCUCACAGACAUUUUUGUGAUAAGAACAAACCACUUACUUCCUCCCCGCAAGAGAAAUGCAUUUCACUCCAGCUAGGUGUUAGUCGUACGCUCACUAUGUCCUCUGAUCGCAGCGCCGGAGAAGGCUUCGGUCCCAAGAAUGAUGAUGACUCGGUAUCACUUUCCGAACAACCCACAGCAUCCGUGAAUGCUACUCGACCGGCCAAUAUCGAUGCAAUAGUUCGAACAGCAAGUCGAUGCAGCGGAGUCGCCAGUAUCAAUGUAUCUGGAUCAGGCAAUCAAGUGGAACAGCAGACAUCGAUGCCUGCCAUGAGCAGUUUGCGUCGAGCCUUGAUUGCCGCCAUGGUAAUCUUCAGCAAUCUUAUGCAGAUGACGGCUAUGUUCGCUGGUGUCGGUGGCGGAUUCCAGCUCGGCAAGUUGUUAGGAGCCGACACAUCGAUGUCCGCUUGGAUUGCAGCAAGUUAUGGAUUGACGCAAGGAGCAUUCGUCCUGGUUGCAGGUCCGAUCGGGGCUGUAUAUGGACACAAGAGACUCCUCAUAUACGGAACACUCUGGCUGGGUGUCUGCAACCUAGUGUGCGGAUUCUGCGACAAUUUCAUCGCUUUUGUCGUAAUGCGAGCACUAGCCGGCCUUGGAGGUGCCUUUAUCAUGCCAAAUGCAGUUGCAAUGAUUACCAUUGCGAACCCACCUGGACCAACAAGGAAUAUAUAUCUAGCGCUCUUUGGAUCGUCGGCACCAGUCGGCGGAUGGCUCGGGGCAAUAAUGCUCGGACUCUUCUUGCACUAUACAGCAUACAAGUGGUUCUUUCUGACUAUUUUCUUGAUCUGCCUGGUCGUGGCUGCGGUUUUGAGUGUGCUCGUUCCACGAGAAGUGCCAGUCAAUCGACAUGGAAAGAUCGACUGGACGGGUGCGGCACUGAUUGUGUCUGUUUUAAUUCUGUUCAAUUUCUCCUGGAAUCAAGCUCCCAGUAGCGGAUGGUCGAACCCUGCUGUCAUCGCCUGCCUUGUUGCAUCAAUCGUCUUGCUUGGUGGGUUCCUGGUCUGGGAGCAUUACGUCGCCUCUCAUCCCAUCAUGCCGUUAAGUAUAUUCAAAGCACCAUCUUUUGGUGUACUCGUCCUGGUUGUGCUCGUCAACUUUAUGGCAACCGGAGUAUUCUGCUGGUACCAGGUUCUCUGGUUGCAAGAGGUGUGGAAGUGGUCACUCCUACAUUUUGCGCUGAGUUGGACACCGUUUGUGGUCUGUGCGAUAGCAGCAACUUCGCUGGCUGCAUGGUUGGUCCCACGGCUGGAUGCUCAAUGGAUUCUUGCUAUCGGGACCAUGUCAAUUCUGGCUGCUUGUCUACUCAUGGCGACCUUGUCAGGACCUCACAUAUACUGGCCGCAGGUAUUUCCCUCGGUCGUAUUCUUUGCUUUCUGUCCAGAUCUGGUGUAUACGGCCGCUCAGAUCAUUGCCAGCAGUUCUGUCAGUCGGCUGCAUCAAGGCACAGCGGCGUCACUCAUCAGUGUGCUCAAUCUCUACGGCAACAGCUUGGGGCUUGGAUUUGCAGGGACUAUCGAAGUUCAAUCCAACAAACAUGGCCUAGACAGGAUCUUGGGCUUUCGAGCAGCAUUGUACUUUGCCGUCGGCAUCAGCGGCCUUGCUUUGCUGGUAGACAUUCUCUUUAUACGCUCUGCAAAGGACAAGAAGAGUGGAUGGGAAGAGAGUGACUUGGCAUUUUUGGCCGAUGAGGAAUUGGAGGCCCGAGCGACAACGAGUGGGAUGUCAAGAGCUUGAGGGUGGGUUCAUAGCAUAGUAGCUCAGGGGAGAUCAUGGUUCAUGCCUCCUCAAGAACAUGGACAUGUUGCCAUGUUGUCAUCAAGGCCAUGUAACCUGACGGCACAAACUCGGUUAACGCUACUGUGGUAUGUCAAUUCGGUGGUGCCACGGUGUUUUCCGGCAAGAAAAGAAGUCGGAGAAGGUCAAGCUCGCACUCGUUGAAAAAGGACCGAGGGAAGAAAAAUAAAAGAGCUUUACACGU